UGAUGUCACUUCCAUAACAUGUCGUAUCUCUCACCUCGUUCAGAGGGUUCAUCAUCGUUUCGUUUUUCCCACUCUUUGCACUUUUAGGCGUUGACUGUGUUUGCUUUGCAUUUCUAAUCUUUCCUCUCAUCGCUGCUGGAUUCAGUGCUUCCUUUUUUUUCUAUCUGCGCUGGCCGCCUCCCAAAUUUCAGCGCCUAGAUCAAAUAACAAUCAGUAUGGAGUCAUUACCUUACAUGCGCGACUCGUAUCGCAUGUCAAAGUCACCAUUCAGUCGCACGCAACGCCAUAGUUUUUGGCCGGAACUCUCUUCAGAUGAGAACGGCAAUGCAAUCAGUGCACCAUGGCCUCUACCAUGGGACAUGUCCAACGAGAUAAACCAACGGACUGUCAGCAUCUUCGACACAGAGGCCCGCGCUGCACGUAUGAGUGUUCUGGCUGACUCGUCACUGUUACCACCACCUACGCAACUUCGAAACAGACACUCGGUAUGGCACGGAACGAAUCAGGCGAAUAGACAAACAUGGCUCGCGCCCGUCACGCAAGCUGAUGUAACAGAACGUGUGUGGCCGGGCAAGUUCGCCGUUGAACAAAGAGACUCGUGGGUAACAAGGACUCCGAACAGGUGGAUUAGCUUGGACGACUCCGACAACCUCGAUACCGACGCAUUCGGGGUGGAAUGGGAAGAGGACGAUAAGGAGAACCCACUCAACUUUGGCACAGGCAGGAAAUGGUUCAACGCCAUGUUGCUUGCGUUCGCCUGCUUCAUUGUGUCGAUUGCAUCUUCGGGGUUCUCUCAAGGCACUGAACAACUCAAGUCCGAGUUUCACAUUUCGCAGGUCACUGCGCUUCUCACUACAUCGACUUUUGUGCUCGGUUUUGCUGUGGGUGCCUUGGUCUUGUCUCCUCUCAGUGAGGUAUACGGGCGUCGAGAUUUGUAUAUCAUGACUUUUGGUGCAUUUGUGGCUUUCAGUGGUUCAGUGGGAUUUUCCUCGUCAAUGACGGUCGUCAUCGUACUCCGGUUCUUCGCAGGUCUUGCAGGCUCCUUCACACAAGCCGUCGCUCCCGCAGUAGUUGCCGACAUGUUUGACGCCCAGGAGCGCGGUCUCGUGAUGAGUAUCUUCACCCUUGCAGGACUUGUGGGACAGAAUCUCGGACCUAUCGUUUGUGGUUUUCUCGUCAAAGCAUACGGAUGGCGUUCCAUCGCGGUUCUCAUUACCGCCACAGCACUUCCCACAUGGUUCAUUCUAGCCUUCACAUUCCCGGAGACUUACGCGCCAGUUCUGCUACAACGUCGUGCAGAUAAACUCACAAAGGAGACCGGAAAGCAGCAUCUCGUUGCAGGCAUGACGCCCAAGCCCAUCGCCCAGCAACUCCGCAUUGGCGCACUCCGUCCAUGGAUCAUGCUCAUCUACGAACCCAUUGUCACGCUUCUCUCGCUUUUCUUGUCCGUUGUACAUGGUACACUUUUUUGCCUUUUUGCUGCUUAUCCCAUAGUUUAUGAGAAAGGGCGGGGAUGGCCGCAGGGCGUCGCAUCUCUUCCUUUCCUCGCCAUCAUCGUCGGCAUCAUGAUUUCACUCCUGUACGUCGCCUUUGUGGAUCAAAAGCGGUACGCGAGAGUCGUGGCUCAACACAACGGCGCCGCGCCGCCCGAGGCACGUCUCCCACCCGCCAUGCUCGGCGCUGCCGCGCUCCCCAUUGGCUUGUUCUGGUUCGCGUGGACGAACGGCCCUUCUGUUCACUUCAUGGUCCCCGUCUCUGCGGGCACAUUAUUCGGGUUUGGAAUGGUGUUACUAUACAUGUCUAUUACAAACUACAUCGUGGACGCAUACCUCGGGUAUGCUGCGUCUGCGCUUGCUGCGAGCACCGUCCUGCGAUCUGUCGCUGGCGCUGCAUUUCCUUUGUUCACGGGCAAUUUAUACUCGUCGCUUGGUAUUCAUUGGGCGAGUAGCGUUCCGGCAUUUCUGGCGUUGAUUUUCAUUCCGUGUUUGUUUGCGUUUUAUAAAUGGGGAGAUAAGUUGAGGGGAAUGACGAGGUUUGGAGCCGAGGCGGCCAAUAUGGCUGGGAAAUAGAUCGUGUCAGACUAGAGUACUAAGACGCGUAUUUGGAUACAUUCGCUUGGUGGGGAACUCAAUAGAUCGCGGAGUGAUAGAAAAAUACCUAUUUGUGACAGAAUUAUCUAUCAAGC